ACAGUAAACACCUAUUACGUCUCUAUACGACUCUACCCAGAAAUUUCUCGACCUCCUCAUUCCUUAUAAAUUCAAACUCACCCUUUCCUAAACAAAUUACAUUUCCCUACCACCGCAUUUUUAGAGAGAAAAAAAGAGGGCAAACUACAUACCUUUUUCAUUGCUUAGGGUUUUCUUGAUCGAUCAUUUGAUCGAUCUUACACGCUACUUACCUUUCAGAUACUUUGUUAUAGUUUUGACAAAAUGACAAUGACAUUUGGUGAUGGUCAAGAAACCGACAAGAACAUUGCAAUCUGGAAGAUCAAGAAGUUGAUCAAAGCAUUGGAAGCUGCGAGAGGAAAUGGCACCAGCAUGAUAUCACUGAUCAUUCCUCCACGUGAUCAAAUAUCUCGAGUUACUAAAAUGCUCGGAGAUGAAUUUGGAACUGCAUCCAAUAUUAAAAGUAGGGUUAAUCGUCAAUCUGUACUUGGUGCCAUCACAUCUGCUCAGCAAAGAUUGAAGCUUUACAACAGGGUGCCCGCCAAUGGACUUGUUCUUUACACAGGAACAAUUAUAACUGAAGAUGGCAAAGAAAAGAAAGUUACUAUUGACUUUGAACCUUUCAAGCCCAUCAAUGCAUCUCUUUACCUUUGUGACAACAAGUUCCAUACCGAAGCUCUCAAUGAACUGCUUGAAUCUGAUGACAAAUUUGGGUUUAUUGUGAUGGAUGGGAAUGGAACCCUUUUUGGGACUCUUAGUGGCAACACUAGAGAGGUGCUUCACAAAUUUAGUGUUGACUUGCCAAAGAAACACGGCCGAGGUGGUCAGUCAGCGCUGCGGUUUGCACGUCUUCGAAUGGAAAAGCGCCAUAACUACGUGAGGAAGACAGCAGAGCUUGCUACACAGUUUUAUAUCAAUCCACAAACCAGCCAGCCUAAUGUUUCUGGGCUUAUUCUUGCUGGUUCUGCUGAUUUCAAGACUGAGCUCAGUCAAUCAGACAUGUUUGAUCCUCGGCUUCAAGCAAAGAUACUGAAUGUUGUGGAUGUUUCUUAUGGAGGGGAAAGUGGUUUCAAUCAAGCAAUUGAGCUGUCUGCUGAAAUUCUUGCCAAUGUGAAGUUUAUUCAAGAGAAGAAGUUGAUUGGGAAGUACUUUGAGGAAAUUAGUCAGGAUACAGGGAAGUAUGUUUUUGGAGUGGAUGACACGCUGAAAGCUUUGGAGAUGGGUGCAGUGGAGACACUGAUUGUUUGGGAGAAUUUGGAUAUAAUGAGGUUUGAGCUGAAAAAUAUUGUUACUGGUGAAUUAAUCGUCAAACACUUUAACAAGGAGCAGGAGGCUGAUCAGAACAACUUUCGAGACUCAGAAACUGGGGCGGAUCUUGAAAUUCAGGAGCAAAUGCCAUUGUUGGAGUGGUUUGCUAAUGAGUAUAAGAAGUUUGGCUGUUCUCUUGAAUUUGUUACCAACAAAUCACAAGAAGGGUCACAAUUCUGCCGUGGUUUUGGUGGGAUAGGCGGGGUCCUACACUACCAGUUGGACAUGAGGUCCUUUGAUGAGUUCUCUGAUGAUGGAGGAGUCUAUGAGGAUUCUGACUAGCAAUUAACCUCCUUUUCUUCAUUACCUGUGCCGGGGGUGGGAAAAAUCCCCUGCAUUGGUGAACGAGCUGUCGGGGUCAGUUCGGCAGCUGCUGCUCAGUCAAAAUGUGACCAGUUGUCAACAAUAUUAAAUGAGGCGGAUCUUGUUGCACUCACUGGUCUUGCUAUGCAAGGUGGAGAUGCAAGUGGCGCUUAUCAGCUUGGACAACUUCCUACUUUUGACGUAGACUUUGCUGCCUCACUAGUGCACAUGUGCUACCCCUGCACCAUUGAGCGAGCUGCUGCGGUUAGUUUGGCAGCUGCUGCUUGAUGGAUCUUGUUGAGCUUUCCGGUCAAGUGAUGGGAGGUGGAGAUGCAAGUAGUGCCAAGCAGCAGCAUCUGACACUAGUUUACUGAGGAGGCAGAUCUGUAUGUGUUCUGUUUGCUGUAAAAUUUCCUUGAGGUUGUUACUAAGCCUGUGUGAUCUGGUUUUUAAGAAGCUAUUAGUAGGAUUUUAUAAUUCUAAGAUUAUGGCUUCUCAUAUUUUGUUUGUUUCUGUGUUUAUCUAUAUAUUUUUUUGUAUUAGGUGGGCAAAUCAACUGUUGAGCUACAUACUUCCGGUUGAUUUUAUCCUCGGAACACUUCAUCUCUGGUUAAACUGUUUUAGGGUUUGAUGAAAAACCUAGACCGUUGCCGUUAUUAGCAUGUUAUGGUAUUUGCUACGUCAGUUGGUACACUGUCAUUUUAUACUUAUCAUAGAGGUGUGGACAUGAUA